AUGGAGAUCUGUGACGAUAUUAACGAGUGUCUGGGGCCGAGCAAGCCAGACUGUGGACGCAACACACACUGCACCAACGUGCCUGCGAGUUACUACUGCACCUGCACUGAUGGCUACGAGCCCAGCUCUGGGAAAGCCAAAUUCAUGAAUGCGAGUGAGAACACCUGCCAGGAUAUUGACGAGUGUCAGGGCCCGAACCCGGCAGACUGCGGACCCCACGCAAACUGCACCAAUGUGCCUGGGAAUUACUCCUGCACCUGCAUCGAUGGCUACGAGUCCAGCUCUGGGAAAGCCAACUUCACGCACGCGAGUGAGAACACCGGGCAGACGGCUCAUUCAGGCAUUGCCAUCUGCACUGAUAUUGCGGCACUGGACAUCGACGAGUGCCGCAAGUCCCCAGGUAUCUGCGGCCUCAAGGCCACGUGUAUCAACACCUUAGGAAGCUACUGGUGUGAGUGCCGGGCCGGCUACUUCCCCUCCACCAGGAACUCAAACCUGUGCGAAGCCCCCAGCAUUAACUCCAGCGCUGAGUUCGAGGGAAUCAAAGAGACGUGCAGGAAUUUCUCUCUGCAGAACGUGACUCUCCGUUUCAGUGCCCUCCUGAACAGCACCGCCCUCUGGGAUGGCGGAGACAAGGGGGAGGUGGGGUCAGCCAUGACGGUCCUGCUGCAGAGCGUGGAACUGGCCACGCUGGCCACUGCGCUCCGGUCUCCGGAGAGGACAACACAGAACAUAAUGACAGAGUCUAUGGCUGUCGAGACGCGGCUCGUCACAGGGAACUGCAGCCGGGACAGUGAGGUCUUCACACUGAGAGCUUACGAAGAGAUGAUGGUCGUGCACUGUGAUACAGUCACUGGGGCAGCCACACGAGGUUUGGGGGCUGCUGCUUUUAUUUCCUACUCCACCCUGGACUCCAUCGUCAGUGCGAGACGUCUCAGCGAGGGAAAUCUACCGGCUGGUGGGAAGCUGGAGAAGAGUCAUCUCAACUCCAGGGUGACCAAAAAAGAGGAGGAAGAGGCUCUCUGUGUCUACUGGAAAGUAGAGGCCGAGAGCGGCAGCUGGUCUCCAGACGGCUGCACCGCCGUGCACACGAACAGCACUCACACCACCUGCAGCUGUGACCAUCUCUCCAGCUUCGCCGUCCUAAUGGCUUCGACCACAGUGACGGCGGCGUGUGCUGUCAUUGCUGGGCUCCUACACUACCUCUUCCUGGCCUGCUUCAGCUGGAUGUUCCUGGAGGGGCUGCACCUCUUCCUCACCGUCAGGAACCUGAAGGUCGUGAAUUACACCAGUGCCAGCCAGUUCAAGAAGAGAUUCAUGUACCCGUUCGGCUACGGCUUCCCAGCCCUGGUGGUGGCUAUUUCUGCAGCGGUGAAUCCUAAAGGCUACGGAACUUCUGAACACUGCUGGCUCAGCCUGGACAGAGGCUUUAUUUGGAGCUUCCUGGGUCCAGUCUGUGCCAUAAUCCUGAUAAAUAUAACGUUUUUUGCCCUGACCUUGCGGAUCCUGAGAAACAGACUCUCCUCCCUCAAUGCAGAUGUGUCCACCCUCAGAGACCACAGGUUACUGACCUUUAAAGCCAUCGCCCAGCUCUUCAUUCUGGGCUGCACAUGGAGCCUUGGUCUCCUCCAAGUCGGCCCAGCAGCCACGGUCAUGGCGUAUUUAUUCACCAUCAUCAACAGUCUGCAGGGAGCCUUCAUCUUCCUGGUGCACUGUCUCCUCAAUCUCCAGGUGAGAGAGGAGUACAGGAGAUGGAUCAAGGGAUUCCGAAUGUUCAGCACGAAAUCUCAGACAUCCGAUCUAUCCAUGUCUGCUGUCCCCACCACCAGCACCAAGAUGGUGUAACCCAUCUGCCAGGCGGAGUCGGCAGCCACCAGGGCCGGGUUCAAUACCUAGGGGUUCCAAUACAAAACAGAACCGGCUGGAGCCCCCUGUGACGUUGCACUCCAUAUGCUUUAUGGAAAUAUGCUCAUGAAUAGGACAUAA